GUGAGUCUCGUUUUCGGUAAGGAAAGAAUUGAAGAGACAGUGACGUACAGGAAGACUAGAGAGAGAGGGGGGGAAAAAAAGAAAGGAAUAAAGAAGUCGCGGCGUGGAUCUGCUGUCUCUUCUGCGUGACCCAGAUCUGCCGCCUCCUUCACCCAGUUACCUGGUCCACACCGCAAACUGUCAGUGGGCCCCUGAACUUGGCCGCGGACAGACAUUGCGCAAGGAGUAAGGGCACGUGUGCAGAUGCGACACAGCCGGAAAGAAGUUCAGAUACGAGACGGGCUGCUAGGAUAUUCUCACCACCACCGGACGGAUGGCGCGGUCCGGGGCGGCGUUACUCUUGUUGUUGCUGCUGCUGUACUGUUGUGGGGCGAUCGAAGUAUACCAGGACACAACUGACAGUCGCAAGCUGUUUGGCGGAUACCGGAUCGUGCCGAAGCCGUGCCGGCCCGAGAGCGACACCCUUUCGGCGGAGCUCGGGAUCUGCAUGUUCAACUACGAAUGUUCAGCACGAGAGGGUGAGGUAGUGGGGUCCUGCAUGGACGGCUUUCUCUUUGGCGCGUGUUGUCGCCUGCCUCCAGGACACACUUUCCAGCUGCCAGACUCCGACCUUUUAUCCGAUAACACAGCCACAUUCCCUCCCGAUAAUCCCAACUCCAUCGUUGCAACCAGCAAGCGGCCUAGUUACAUGGAGUCUUCCUCCAUCAGCGAACUUCUAAACAACCCUCAGCUCCACGUGUCGGCCCACCCUGAUGCCGACACCGUCUUAAUCACAGGUCCUGAUCGUCCUAUGGCAGUUGCAACUCAACAGAGUUCAGAAACAACGCUUCGACCAGAGCUAAGUACGUUCAGUUAUGUGCAAAGCAACAGCGUGGAUGAAGAGCCGUCAACACCGAAGUAUCACCUGGAGGAGAAAAGCACGAUGUCGGUGACACCUACGUACUACUCGACGGCCAGUAAAUGGGCUUCAUCGUUCAGGCCACGGCCCACCCCAUCACACGAGUACAAUGAGGGUCUGGUGCUCGUCCCUACCAUCACCAAGCGUCCUGACUCAGGACCGAACCCAGAGUCCAUCAACCACAUUAUAUCGAUGCUCAAUGAUACAAGCGGUGGCUUGGUCGAUCCUGGCCCAGAGCCCGAACCAGAGAUCGUCUCUCUGGACAGCUCAUCGCCCGCGGGCUUGUCCACGUGGGUGGCUGUGAAUGGCAAGCCCUCUCCAUCAACGUCGUGGAAACCGGAUACAAUUUACAGCAAGACUCCGUCAUCGUACACCACUUUACGGCCUGGCUUUUCAUCUAGCAGUACAAGCUCACAUCAUGUAGUGGGGCCAUCAUAUGAUGUAAUCACAACCCAGCAAGGUACCUCCAGACCCGCCCCUACCGUUAUUGUGCUCGGCCCGCUCUCUACUGACAUCACCACAACUACUUCCUCCUCCAAGCGGCCUACCAUCAUCACAACAAGCAAUAAGAUCAGCACUACGGCUCCUACUUUGGUAACAAAGAGGCCAUCUACAGCAAAACCGUCCACAGGGUUCUUUAUAACCAAGAGGCCCUCCAGCACAACUUCAACCAUCAUCACUAAACGACCCAGCUCUACACAAUCCACUAACCGACCCACAACACAACACAGUGACCGUCCCACAGCACAAUUUACUUUUAGGCCCACCUUGAGCGUGGCCCAUUUCACAAAUCAGCCCAGUACUGUACCAACAUACUUCACACAUCAGCUCGGCUCGGGAACAUCUUCUUUCACAAUUCGACCCACCGCAGGCAGCACACAGGUCACCAGUAGGCCUGGCAUCGAUACAGUAUAUGUGACUAAUUAUCCAGGACUGACAAAUCGACCAACAUCAGGUACUACUUUAGUCAGCAAUCGGCCAUGGGUAACAACCCCUAUUGACUAUCCAGAAACCACCUUAGGACUAGACCAGCUGGCCAACUUCCCUCCUGUAAGAAACCCGUCUUUCAACAUGACUCAACAUGAGCGUCCCCCAGUGGUGCUUCCUCCUAAUCCUGAAGACCUCUUCAAUGUGGAUGAUAUUCCCACUCCAUUAUUUGUGGAGGAUGACAAGCUGGAUAACAAGCUGCAGACUUUUGUUGACAAGAUCGUGCUCUCUCUUGAUGGUAACUUCCAGGACUUAGAGGAAGUGCUGUAUAGUGGAAAAAACGUGACAACCACCCGUGUUACCACAACAAGGAGGCCAUCUACCUCCAAAAGGCCAGUCCAGGCCACACCAACACGUAAACCCACAGUCUCAGUUUCAACCCCUACUCGUAGGCCUAGCACUUCUCAGGCAACGCAAACUCAGACUCUAAGGCCUCAACCAACACGACCGUCCCAGACGACAAGACCAAGGCCUUCAUCAAAUACUCGACCAUCCAGUGUGAGACCCUUACAAACAACCAGACCCAGCAUAAGGCCCACACAAACUUCUAGACCAACUCUACACUCCACCAGACCUUCACAGACACCACGACCAAGGCCGACAAGCAUAAAGCCCACACAAAGUUCAAAACCGUCUUCACAGCGACCUUCAACAUUGAAGCCGAGUUCACAGAGGCCAUCACGCCCGUCCACCACAUACCGACCUGCAAGCACUGUGAAAGUAACAACCAAAAGAAGUACAACAACAAGCUCAACAACACAGCUCUUGCAGCAAGAGGAUGAGACUGUCCCUUCCAAGACAACUACAACAGAGGAGUCCACUACUUUGCUGGACUAUACACUGACAACAGCUGUUGAUAAUGAUGAUGAACUUACCACAACCCCUAGUCCUGUUGACUACAAGCAUGAGUGUGGGGUGAGGCCUCUCAUGCAGAAGAGCGGGCGCAUUGUGGGUGGAAAGGGUGCUACAUUUGGGGAAUGGCCAUGGCAGGUACUAGUGCGGGAGUCCACAUGGCUUGGGCUGUUCACCAAGAACAAGUGUGGUGGUGUGCUUAUUACCUCUCGCUAUGUUAUCACGGCCGCACACUGUCAGCCAGGAUUUCUAGCGAAUCUAGUGGCAGUGUUUGGUGAGUUUGACAUCAGUGGGGAGCUUGAAUCACGUCGCUCUGUCACGAAGAACAUACGACGUGUCAUAGUCCACCGACAAUAUGACGCAGCCACAUUUGCAAAUGACCUGGCACUUCUAGAACUAGAAUCACCUGUGGCAUUUGAUGAACAUAUUGUGCCCAUAUGUAUGCCACGAGAUAAGGAGGAUUUCACUGGCAGGAUGGCAACAGUCACUGGCUGGGGCCGACUCAAAUAUGGAGGUGGAGUGCCAAACCUACUGCAAGAGGUGCAGGUGCCUGUGAUAGAGAACAGUGUGUGCCAAGAAAUGUUCCACACUGCAGGACAUUCCAAGGUUAUCCUCAACAGUUUCCUCUGUGCAGGCUAUGCCAAUGGGCAGAAGGACUCCUGUGAGGGUGACAGUGGUGGCCCUCUGAUGUUGCAGAGAGAAGAUGGCCACUGGGUGCUGGUCGGGACUGUGUCACAUGGAAUUAAGUGUGCUGCCCCAUAUUUGCCUGGUGUUUAUAUGCGCACCACUUUCUAUAAACCCUGGUUGCAUGCUAUUACUGGUGUAAAAUGAAUUGAGAUCUGGAUAAUAGGACUACUUACAUGCAGAACAAAAUUAAAUCUCAAAACAUGGGAUUAUUGAUCUUAAGUGAUGUUAUGAUUGAAUUAUUUUCACACAUCUCAGUAUUUACUUCCAAGUAGUACUGUAUCCAUUUUUGGUGAACAUGAUUUCUUUGAAAUUACAUUUUGCAUUAUCAAAUUAUAUAAUGCUGACUGGAUAUAUCUGCUUCAAAUUGUUGUGGUAGAUUAUGUCUUCCUGGAUUGCAACUUUCUAAUUUUGUCAGUUUCAGUGUAAUGAUGCCACUUAUUCUUCUUAAUCUUUACUAUCAAGUGCUUUUGUGUAACUGCAGUGAUUUUGAUGUAUAUAAACAAUACCUUAUUACUUAAUUCAAGAAAGAUUUGUGUACUCGUAUAUCAGGCAAGCUUUUAUGGUUUAUCUAGCCACAGCACCAAUAUUUUUUCCCCAUAUUGAAAGUGAAAUCUGCUUUAAUUUGACAAAGCACCAGAAUUUUCUGUUACUUGUUUUUGACAGCAAACAAAAGGUUUGAACAUUCACACAUUUUCAAAUUCUCAUACUGGAAGGUAGAUUCUAGUUUGCCUUCUGCAUAGAUAUAACUUUGUUUUGUCUGUCUUCUAAAAGCAACAUGCCACUGGUCAUAUUUAUAUUUUCAAAUAUGCCAAUACACUUGUUGUCUGUCUUCAUAGAUUUGAACUUCAAAUUCUGCAGCUUUCUGAGAAGGGAUACAUUCUUUCUGCAGAUGAUUGUAAGAAGCUUACUGAAAUAAAUGCCUUUUGAUGUAGCUGAAGGGAGCUGGAUUAGUUACAGAAUUCUGCAAGACCUGUCUAGGGACUGAAUAGCUAUUAAAAAUUUGUCCUGAUUUAAGUAAGGUUGAAAUUUGACUACCACGUUUGUAGAGACAACUGUUCAGUUUUCAAGAAAUAUUUUGUCAUUAAAUAUGCAAAUGAGUACAAAACCAUUAGGAAGCUAUAAUGAUCAUCUCAAUUAUAGAAGGUAGCAUGUACAUUUGUUUGAUAAAACACUGAAUCAAUCGAGUUAGUUAUGACCUGCCAUGAUUACAAGGAAAUGAUUCUCUUGAAACUGCCAUGAAUCCUUCCAUCUUAAAGCUGAAUCAGUGCCGGAUCAAUAGAAUGACAGUAGAUGGAUUGAAAACAUUUCCAGAAAAACUGGUUCACUGGUAAAUGCUUCUACAUACUUCUGAUGUAAUAUUCAUUAUCUUCUGUUUUCUAAGUUAUGUGCUUGAAAGACCACAUCUAUCCCAGCUUUAUUAUUGCUCAUUUUUUUACCCAUCAAGGUUUGUAUUGCAUCCAGACAAAAGCUGAUACACAUAUGCUCGCUGUAUACAAUUUUAAUUGCCUCCUUGUUGGUACUGGGCUAUUUCACUUCUUGCAAAUAGUGAAUUUAUUUAUAAACAUCUAAUGUUACUUGUACUGCAUUACUGUGAUUUUGAAAUGUUUCCAAUAUUGUGGCAAUCAGAACCUAGCUGAAUGCUGUAUCAUUGUAAUUAAAUGUUUUAAAUGAUUACUCUGCACCUAUUUGUUAAAGAAAAUGAAAAUGCCAAACUUGUUGGUCUAUUAACAAAUUAAUUCAUUUAUUAUGCUCAGAUCAAUACAGGAUCUAUGAAAUGCA